CACGGAACCCAGGUGAGUUUUGCAGAAUGAUAACCGUUCCUUUCAUGCCCUGCCCCUCCACUUUGGGGAUCUCUGGAAGGAGCAGGAUCCACCUUCUGGAGGGCAGAGUGCCUGGACCUUCCUGGGUGCUCGCUCUCUCUUUCUCGCUUGCUCUCUCUCUCUCUCUCUCUCUCUCACACACACACACACACACACACACACGUGUCGUGGCAGAGCCAGGCAGGGUGACGGCUGCAACACGCAAGCAGCCAAGGAGGCAGGAGGCAAAGGAGUCGGGAAGUCCCUGGUCCGGGUGUGCACCAGCCAUGUUUAAUCCAAUAAUGCCACCAGCACUGCACAGUUACUUCAAGUGCAGUUUGGGAGGCUUUUCCUACCGGCCCAUUUUUAUUCCUGCCUGUCACUGGACUGACUGUAAAAAUAGCUCCGGUCUUGUAGUAGAUUAAAAAAAAAAAAAACAUAAUAAUAAUAAUAAAAAUAAAAUAAAGCAGGGUGUGUGUCUACCCUUGUGUGCUAGUGUCUAGCUCAGUUAGGUGGCUGAGUCUUUCAAAAAAGCUGUUUUGCUGACACCCCUGUAGCACCCCUCCCCAUGGGAGGGGAAACAGGACAAAAGACAGAACAGUGGCAUCACUUAUCCUAAACCCUCUCAGGUGUUCUCUGUUUCUCUCUGUGUGUGUGUGUGUGUGUGUUUUAGUUAUGCUCCAAAUUGUGGUUUCCCUGUCUGGAGUUUAAAAAAUGAAAGGUGAAUACAAUAUAUUGUAUUUAGUAACAAUGAUAUGGACUGGUACAUCCAGACAGAUAAUGCACAGCUGUAAUUAGACUCAAUAGACAGGCAGUCAUUUUUAAAUUCUUUGACACAUGCAUAAAAUAGUCAUAUAAUAAGAUAAGAUGACAAUUUUAUGUUAGGUUGAUAAAGUGUCCCGAUACAUGCAUUUAAAUGUCUGUAAGCCUUUUUUUUUUUUUAAAAAAAAAAUCCAGACAGAUUAAUUCUAGUUUCCAGUAUUUGCAGUUAGUCAUUAAAUUAAUUUUUUAAAUCCUUACUAAACAAUGACUAUCAAUAUGCUUUUUCUCACCCCGCCUCUUUCUGGAUUUUUUUUUUUUAAGAAAAUGUGAAUUGUGAAGGAAUGGAUACACAGACAUAGCAGUUUUUCUUAAUUUUUCAACAUUUGUAGAAAUUUACGUUAGAUGUGGACUUAAAAAUUCAGGUCACUGUUUGUGAGUAGAAUAACGCUAUGCAUUUUUUGGAAGGGGAAGAAAAAGACAAUAAUGAACAUAAUCUGCUUAUGACCACUUGCCCGGACAACUGUCUUACUCCAGGUCUCAAAAAUCUUUGUUGGAAAGAUUAUACAGUGUCCUUGACCAAGUCCUGAAUGUUUCAUAAGCCCCGUUUUGAAAAAAAAGAGAAGACAUUUGUAGCACAUGCAUUUAGUUCGAUCAGCAUUUAGAUUCUUGGGUGGAAUCACUUUCAAUUCUGCGAAUUGUUUUAGUGGUUCGACAAGGAUGGUCUGAGACGAGGACUGGUGGUUGGUGGGGGGGGAGAGUUUCGCUAAAGGCCAAGUUACCUGGACUUCUUGCUCAUCUCCUCCCCGUAUUUUCUCAGAUACGCAAAGGUGUGGCUCUUGAAGAGUAAUUUAGAUUUGUUUGGGCUUAAUGAUAAAUUAUUAAUUCAUACUGUCAGGACACAUGUUAUUAAUUAUGACUGUGUUUUCUUCAUCCAGAACAGCUGUUGGGAAAACAGGGGUAGGUUCCUCGGGAAGGAACCAAGGCAAGAAACUUACUAACUCCUUGUCAUCGUGGUAUUGCUGGGUGCCCCGGCAUUGAGGAUAAAGGAUUGCAGGGGUGAGGGGGUAGGGGGACGGAGAGCCCUGUAGUUCCAGACCACGAUGGGCACUGGCAAACACUAACUCAUGUACAUUUUUUAGAACACAAGCCUUACUGUCAAGGCCUUGAGUCCACUCGUGAUACCUGCUUUAUUCCGAAGCCGGUUUUGUAUUGGCUGAGCUACAUUCCACCAAUUUCUCUUGUUUUUUUUUGUUUUUUUUUUUUUCUUUUUCCCUUUCCCUCCUUCUUCUUCUUCCUCGGUGGUAGGCCAAGAAGGUCAUGUUCACAAGUUCAUGGUAGCAGAAAACAAAAUACUCAGAAUGCUUGUUUGUUUUCCAAACUGGAACUCAUCCUUCAUGGAGAGCUCAGGGCUGCUUGGUGAUCUACGUGAGAUGACUCAGAUUCAUUUACUUUUGAUUUUCCAUCCUCAUCAUUAAAUCUAAGCCCUAUGUAUUCAGUUUCCUCCGAGUUCUUUGAGAAAUGCAUGUUGCAUAAAAUAGGCAAUUUUUAAUGAACAAUUUAAUGUAAAUGGGUUUUGAAUUUAAAUUAAUAUUAAUGAAGCCUUGAGUGAAUUUAUUUUGCAUACGUAAAGACUUGUAAGUCUCUCACCCAUGUGCUUUUCUCCUUUAUGUAGUAACAUUGGUUGGGUGGAUUAACCAGCCACCUUUAAACGAUUUACAUUUAAAAAAAUUAAAUUGAUUUUUAUAUGUCCACCAGUGCCGGCGUAUUAUUAAGGCAAAAGCGUUACUUCAUUUUAAGGAAAAAAAUAUACCUCAUUUCCUAUAAACCUCCCGGUUUUCACUACUCUGCAAGCUGCUGUGGGUUUGGCACUGCUGUGGGAGAAAGAUGAAUCCCAACAAUAGUUACUACAAUCAAGAUGUUUUCUUUCUUUGGCUUACGUCUAAUACAUUAUGUAUCUUAGAGUGAUGGGAAGUUCUGUAAUUAAUUCUGUUAGAUGUAAUUGCUAUAAUCACUUUGAUGUUACACAUAAUAAGGGUAAUAUGGUAAGCACAUAAAAAAAAAAAAAAACAUAAACACCUUAUUGUGACAGGGUUGCUAGAAUUCCUUUCUCGUCAAGUCUGGUUUAUGGACAAAUGUCCCUGACUAUUUUUGGGCCCAGGUGACAAUUUAUUCGAGCCGUGUUCAUUGAUAUUCCAGAGGAGAGGCGUUUAUUGGAAAAGAUGGGCCUUGGCUUGGAGAAGGGUCCGCAGGCUGGUUGCCUAGGAGUCUCAAUGCCGGAUUUUCUGAAAGAUGUGGCUAAUUAAUAAAAGGUGACCAUUAUCUUCCGUGGACCAGAGAGGCACACACGUCAGAAGUGGCCGUGGGUUGAGGGAAGCGUGUGGCACGGGAGAGGGUGAGGGGCUGGGGGGAAGGAUAGGGCUCAGAUCAAAGGAAGUGCUGUUCUGUGGGUGUUCUCAUGGCGUGGGAUUGUGGGAAGUGCCGUGUGCGUGUGUGUGUGUGUGUGCGUGUGCAUGUGUGUGUGUGUGAGAGAGACAGAGAGAGAGAAUGCAGGCAUGUGUUUACGGGGAAGCAGAGAAGGCCACCUUCCUGUAGCAGUGCAAUAAGAGAAAUAAGAUGCAUGCUCUUUGCUACAUCAUUAUUAUCCUGCACCUUUCGUGGGGGAGGCAGGGGGCGGUGCCUAACUGUUGCAUGACGUCUUGGUUGCCGGACCGACACCUGAGCGGUGGAGACCCCCCACCCACCCUGGAUCCAGGGCCCCGAAGGACAGGACACCAGGGAAGUUUGUCUGAGACCCCGAGCACACAGGAUGCCAGUGGGAUGUUUCUGUGAACCCAUGCAGAUUAUCCUUUGCCAGUGCAGCUUGCAGGAGGUGGGGAGGUGGUGGGACAGGAGACUUAGCAUGUCACCUUCCCCUCCAGAGACCCUGCCGUCACACCAGCCGGGGGGGGGGUACCUGUUAAAACGCCCACAGCGAGCGGUGCCCUGUCCCCAACACUACGGAGGUCUGCAAGGCCCCGUGAGCCUCCCGGUUUCAGUGUGCACUGCCCACACGUAUGUUGCAUUUUCUGACGUGUUGCGAGCGGUCGUAUGCAGACGUACAAUGAGAGAGUGCACGUGCGGGAAGAGGAUGCUCGGGUGUCUUUGGAGGAAGCAAAGCCUACGUUUCCGACGAGCUCAAGGCCGCCGCCCUGGUGGAGGAAGACCUGGACCCGGAGGGGCACGCUGCAGAUGGAGAGCCCUCGGCCAAGUACCUGUGCCCGGAGAAAGAGCUCGCGAAGACCUGCCCCAGCUACCAGAACUCCCCUGCGGCCGAGUUCUCCAGCCACGACAUGGACAGCGAGUCCCACCUCAGCGAGACCAGCGACCGCAUGGCCGACUUCGAGAGCGGCUCCAUCAAGAACGAGGAGGAGACCAAGGAGGUCCCCGCCCCGCUGGAGGACACCACCGUGCCGGACAGCCUGGAGCAGAUGAAGGCCGUGUACAACAACUUCCUCUCCAACUCCUACUGGUCCAACCUCAGCCUCAACCUGCACCAGCCCUCCUCGGACAAGAACAACGGCAGCAGCAGCAGCAGCAGCAGUAGCAGCAGCAGCAGCUGCGGCAGCGGCAGCUUCGACUGGCACCAGAGCGCCAUGGCCAAGACCCUGCAGCAGGUGUCGCAGAGCCGCCUGCUGCCCGAGCCCAGCCUCUUCAGCACCGUGCAGCUGUACCGGCAGAGCAGCAAGCUGUAUGGCUCCAUCUUCACGGGGGCCAGCAAGUUCCGCUGCAAGGACUGCAGCGCCGCCUACGACACCCUGGUGGAGCUGACGGUGCACAUGAACGAGACCGGGCACUACCGGGACGACAACCACGAGACGGACAACAACAACCCCAAGCGCUGGUCCAAGCCCCGCAAACGCUCCCUGCUGGAGAUGGAGGGGAAGGAGGACGCCCAGAAGGUGCUCAAGUGCAUGUACUGCGGCCACUCCUUCGAGUCCCUGCAGGACCUGAGCGUGCACAUGAUCAAAACGAAACACUACCAGAAAGUGCCUCUGAAGGAGCCCGUCACCCCCGUGGCCACCAAAAUCCUCCCCGCCGCCGCCGCCGCCGCCCGGAAGAAAGCCUCCUCGCUGGAGCUGGAGCUCCCCAGCUCCCCAGACUCCACGGGCGGGACCCCCAAAGCCGCCCCGGUGCCGGCGGACGCCGGGGACUCGCUGCAGAAGGGCUCCAACCCCUACAUCACCCCCAACAACCGCUACGGCCACCAGAACGGGGCCAGCUACGCCUGGCACUUCGAGGCCCGCAAGUCGCAGAUCCUCAAGUGCAUGGAGUGCGGCAGCUCCCACGACACCCUGCAGGAGCUUACGGCCCACAUGAUGGUCACCGGCCACUUCAUCAAGGUCACCAACUCGGCCAUGAAGAAGGGCAAGCCCAUCAUGGAGACGCCGGUCGCGCCCGCCGUGGCCACGCUGCUGGACGAGAAGGUGCAGUCCGUGCCCCUGGCGGCCACCACGUUCGCGUCCCCCUCCGCCACGCCCGCCAGCGUCUCCCCGAAGCUGAGCGUGGAGGUCAAGAAGGAAGCCGACAAGGAGAAGGCGGCCGCGGCCGUCCCCGACGAGAAGCCCAGGGAGAAGGGCGGCGAGGAAGAGGAGAAGUACGACAUCUCCUCCAAAUACCACUACCUGACCGAGAACGACCUGGAGGAGAGCCCCAAGGGGGGCCUGGACAUCCUCAAGUCCCUGGAAAACACAGUGACGUCCGCCAUCAACAAGGCCCAGAACGGCACCCCCAGCUGGGGCGGCUACCCCAGCAUCCACGCCGCCUACCAGCUCCCCAACAUGAUGAAGCUGUCCCUGGGCUCCUCGGGGAAGGGCGCGCCCCUGAAGCCCGUGUUCGGCAACGGCGAGACGGGGACGCCCGCGAAGACCCCGGCGCUGGUGUCUCCCGCCGGCAGCCAGACCUCCCCCAUGCCCAAGGCUAACUUCCACGCCAUGGAGGAGCUGGUGAAGAAGGUCACAGAGAAGGUCGCCAAGGUGGAGGAGAAGGUGAAGGAGCCGCCGGACGGCAAGCUCUCUCCGCCCAAGCGGGCGACGCCGUCCCCCUGCAGCGGCGGCGGCGAGCCCGGCGAGCCCGUCAAGAUGGAGGCCUGCAGCGACGGGGGCUUCGGGAGCCAGCAGGGCAGCCCCAGCCCCCAGCGGGACGGGGCCAAGGAGGGGAGCCCCCCGGCAGAGCCGCUGGAGAACGGGAAGGACCUGGGGAAGCCUCUGAGCGGGGGCUUGAGCGGCAGCACGGCCAUCAUCACCGACCACCCGCCCGAGCAGCCGUUCGUGAACCCGCUGAGCGCCCUGCAGUCGGUCAUGAACAUCCACCUGGGCAAGGCGGCCAAGCCCUCGCUGCCCGCCCUGGACCCCAUGAGCAUGCUCUUCAAGAUGAGCAACAGCCUGGCCGAGAAGGCGGCUGUCGCCACGCCGCCGCCCCUGCAGCCCAGGAAGGCGGACCCGCUGGACCGCUACUUCUACCACGCGGGCAGCGACCAGCCCAUCGACCUGACGAAGGGCAAGAGCGGCGACAAGGGCUGCCCCUUGGGCGCGGUGCUCUUGUCACCCGCCUCCGCGGCCCCGGCCACCUCCUCCUCCUCCUCCUCCUCCUCCGUGGCGGCCACCGCGGGGAAGACCUCGGCCGUCGUGUCCUUCAUGUCUAGCUCGCCGCUCCGCGAGAACGCCCUGUCCGACAUCUCCGACAUGCUGAAGAACUUGACGGAGAGCCACGCGUCCAAGUCCUCCACGCCUUCCAGCGUCUCCGAGAAGUCCGACGUGGACGGGGCCACGCUGGAGGAGGCGGAGGAGGCCACGCCGGCGCAGAAGCGGAAGGGCCGCCAGUCCAACUGGAACCCCCAGCACCUGCUGAUCCUGCAGGCGCAGUUCGCCGCCAGCCUGCGGCAGACCUCGGAGGGCAAGUACAUCAUGUCGGACCUGAGCCCCCAGGAGCGCAUGCACAUCUCCCGGUUCACCGGGCUCUCCAUGACCACCAUCAGCCACUGGCUGGCCAACGUCAAGUACCAGCUGCGGAGGACAGGCGGGACAAAGUUCCUCAAAAACCUGGACACGGGCCACCCCGUGUUCUUUUGCAACGACUGUGCGUCCCAAAUCAGGACUCCUUCCACCUACAUCGGCCACCUGGAGUCACACCUGGGCUUCCGGCUGCGGGACUUGUCCAAACUCCCCACCGAACAGAUCAACAAUCAGAUAGCACAGACCAAGUCUCCGUCAGAAAAGCUGGGGACGUCCUCCCCGGAGGAGGACUUGGGGACCUCCUAUCAGUGCAAACUUUGCAACCGGACCUUUGCGAGCAAGCAUGCCGUGAAGCUCCACCUCAGCAAGACACACGGGAAGUCCCCCGAGGACCACCUCCUAUAUGUCUCCGAGCUGGAGAAGCAGUAGCGUCUGCUUCCGGCCGGGCGCGGCGGCGGUUUGGG